GGCAAUGGCUGUGGCUGUGGGAAGCUCUGCCCAGCUGUGGAUAGCAGUGCUGCUCUUCUCUCUGGGUGGCAGGAGAACUGCCACUCACAGAUCUAGAUUGUUCUUGGACCCGCCAUGGGUUAAAAUAUUUACAGGAGACAAUGUGACUCUUGUAUGUGAUGGGAAUGAUUCUCUUGAAGACAACUCUACUAUAUGGUUCCACAAUGGAAGCAUCUUAGAGGUGACAACUGCAUAUUUGGACAUUGUAAAUGCCAACUUUCAAGACAGCGGAAAAUACAAAUGUCAGAACAAAGAAUCUUACAAGAGUAAAGCUGCCUACCUGGAAGUGACCAGAGACUGGCUGCUUCUUCAGGCCUCUGCUGAGGUGGUGAUGGAAGGCAAGCCCCUUACUAUCAGAUGCCAUUCCUGGAAGAAUUGGCAUGUCAGCAAGGUGAUCUACUACAAGGACGACGUCCCUUUCAAGUACUCCUUUAGGAACCAAAACAUCUCCAUUAUAAAGGUCUCACUUAAUGACAGUGGCACAUACCACUGCUCUGGCAAACUUCGGAGGCUGGACCAUACCUCUGAGCCCUUCAGAAUUACUGUAAUCAAAGCUAACCAAUCCAAGUAUGAGCGGCUACAAUUCAUUGUCCCAUUGUUGGUGGUGAUUCUGUUUGCUGUGGACACAGGGUUAUUGGUCUCAACCCAGCAGCAGUUCAAAUCAAUCUUCAAGAUUCAGGAGAUUGGAAAAAGGCAAGAGAUUCCAAACCCAACAACCCCUAAGCCAUCUCCAUAA